AUGACGGUUUUGACGGAUGAGCCGAACUGUCAGCAGGACCCCGAGAGUGUGUUCUAUGUGCAUGCAGGCAAUGGCUGGGGAUCCUUCCCAGAGGCCGUUGCCAUGGGUCCCGAGCGGAAGGGUUACACAGGCGCCGCACCAAAGAUUUACGUGGGCUCCUUCGAAAGCAUCGAGCAGAAGGAUGGCGAUCGGAACUUCCGAUUGCGGAGCCGCGGCUCCGACCCCGCUUGGGUUCGGGUGGAGGUGGCCAAGGAGUUUCUGCUUGGAGACCCCUUGGUUCUGGGACACUUCGAGCAGUGCUGGGGAGCUCUGAUCAGGACCGGCGAGAGGCCGCCGCAGCGCGCCCCGAGAUUUGGAAGCCCGUGGCCUUGCGAGGAAGAGGUGAGCCCUCGACAGUGGCUCGAGAGAGCUGGCUUUGCCGUGUUCUUGAGGGCCAUCGGGGCAGCCGAACGGGGAGUGGCCCUGCCUGGAACACCGGAGGAAUUGCGGCGGCGCUGUGGGGUAGUGGCGGUGGAGGAUGAUGGCUUCUGCGGCUUUUGGUGCUUGGCCUACCUCCUAGGCACAGACCUACCCCGGGCUCUUCAAAGAGUUUUGGAGGAGCUAGAGCCGCUCCGUUUGGCGGCCGGCCAGGCGCGGGCCGCUGGCGAGCGCCCGGGUGCUGAGGAUCGGAUCUGGGAAAGAUUGUGGAACAUCGCAGACAUCAAGCUGCGGUGCCUCAGGAACGGCAUCCGCGGAUCUCACCUGGAUCUGGUCUCCAAUGAGCUUGGGGCGCGAGGGAUCCAGGACACCAACUGCUUCCUCACGCACUCCGAACUGUCCCUCCUGUGCACGAAGCUUUGCCGGCGCUGGACGCCUGUCGUGGAGGUCACGCCGGACUUCCACGCCUCGGAGGAGACGGGAGACCACACCAUGCUCGCGCUGGCCGCAGCAGGGCUCCCCGCCGUCGAUCAGGUCAACGUGGAUGUUUCCGAUAUGGACGCUCUCCGCGAUGCGGGCCGUCGGCUGCAUGAGCAAGGCUUCCGCUUGAUCACUGCGGAACCCGUGGCCGAGGGCCGGCCCGACGACCGGCCACGGCCCUCCUUUGAUGAGCUGCGACAAAUGCGGCCCCUCAUCAUCCACCUGGGCACACACUACUUCCUCCUCGACUCGGUAGAUGAGCUGCCAGAGUCCUUGAGCCUCGAGGAGGGGAGCAUGGCAUCCUCCAGAGGCUUCCUUGACAAGUGCGGCCGGUGCUUCUUCCGCUGUUUCGAUCGCUGGUCGAGUCGGUCCUUCUCGAGUGAGGCGCGGGCACCCCUGCGGCAACAGUGA